AUGGCGGUACAUAACUAUGGGAAGUAUGUCGCAGUGAGAACAUUUAAUUUCGAUCCAAAUGAUCCUGAAAAAUGCAAAUGCAUCUUAAACAAUUGGAUUCAAAAGAAAGAUGAAAAUAGUGACGAGAUAAUUUUUGGAUAUCCCGUGGAGAAUGGUUUGCACACCAUACUGCGAAUACUGAAGUCGGAACCCCUAGAUAAAUCAUGGCCUACGCGAUAUGGCGAAGUAAUAUUUGAUUCAGAUUGUCAAGAUAAAGUAUGGUAUUUCCUUAAACUCCAACAUCGUGAAGAGAGAGCCAGAGAGCAACAAGAGAUUGAGAAUGAAAAAGAUUCUAAAAAGUCAAACAUUCCUAAGAAAGGAACAAAAACCAAAACUUCUCUGUCAACUGCAAAUCGUCGUCGAGAUAAACAGAAACAAAUUAAUAAAAAGAAGAAAAUAAAACCCAAAUCAUCAAAAAAUGUUUUGAAAAAUAUUAAUUCAAAUUUAAGCAAUAUAUCGUCAUUGCCUUCCACGUCGAAGGCCAGUUCAAAUUCUCAGGAACUCAAAAAAAUACCAGAUGAAAAAGACAAUAAUAGGGAGACUAGAGAACAAAGUGAACAGGAGUGUGAUACUAGUGCACAAGAAACUGCAGCUACUGGUGAUACCAGUGGACAUGAAAGUGUAGUUAUUGCUGAUACUAGUAAACAAGAAGAAACUUUGAAAAUACAAGCAUUUCUAAUGGCAAACAAAAUGUUAACAUCAGUAAUACCGAAAUUCAUUCAAUCUGUACUGAUUUUUAUGAACAUUUGAAUGAGUCAUAUCAAAAAACGAUGUCACAUUUUGAUAAAAUCGCUGAUAAUUUAAAACAAAUAAUACUUGCUAAUGUAAAUAAAGCUAAGAAGAAACCUGCGAAAAUGACAAAGAAAAGACCAAAACGUAAGGUAGUUUUUGAAGAUAGAAAUAUAGAGACGCUGAGAUAUACAAAACUUGAACCAGGAAUCGUAGAACUUGUACCAAACUCUGGAGUGUAUGUGUCUGAAAAGAAACUUACUGAAUGCCAAAGUCGUGACGAUGUCGAUACGACUUGGAUUGCAAAAACCUUACUGAACUCAAUUUUUACUGAUAAAGCUAUAACGGAAUGUAAUUUUUGCCCGUCCUCGAACAAAAAUCCGACGGCGAAACCAGCUCUCGAUUGGCAUGCAAGAAAAGUCUUGUUGGACUAUACAAUACAAUAUGGUAAGACAAGGGGCUGGAGACCAAUAAGUCGGCAACGACUCACUGAAUGUUUAAACCGCAGACUUUCCUACUUACGUAGACAUUAUUAUUAUGAUAGUGAAGAGGAAUUGUGUAAGAGUGAUGAUAAUGCUACUUAA